AUGCUUGACAUGAUCAUUUAUAUAUUUCUAGUGGUUCUAGUGAUAUACUGCUACAGCUGCAUAAAGCCAAAAAAUUUUCCACCAGGUCCAAAAUGGUAUCCGUUUAUUGGAUGUUUUCCGCAGUAUUAUGUAUUACGAAAAAAAUUGGGCUACAUACACUUAGCGUUUGAAAAACUAUCAGAAAAUUAUGGACCAAUUUUAGGUUUAAAAUUAGGUACACAGAAGAUCGUCAUAAUAUCUUCAUACGAUUUAGUCAAGAAAGUUUUGAUGUUGGAAGAUUUUAAUGGUAGACCCAAUAGCUUUUUCUUUAAACUGCGUUCGUUGGGCAGAAAAAGAGGUAUUUUGUUCUCUGAUGGCUCUAAUUGGAUGCAAAACCGCAGAUUUACAAUGCGGCAUUUGAAGACCUUCGGCUUCAGUUACAAAGUGAUGUCCCAACAACUUGACAUCGAAUCGCAGGGCCUAAUCGAGUUCCUUAGUCAGCAGAGUAAAGCUGGUCCAGUUUCUAUGCAGAAAGCUUUCGACGUAGCCGUAUUAAAUAUGCUUUGGACGACUUUUGCUGGCCACAGAUUUGAGUACAACGAUAAAAAGUGUAAAGAGUUAUUAUGGAUCGUUCACGAGGUUUUCAGGGUAAAUGAUAUGCUAGGUGGAUUAAUGUCGCACCUUCCAUUCCUGCGCUUCUUUAUACCAAAACUCUUAGGUUACAACGAUCUUGUUACGAUGCUUGAUCGACUCUGGAGUUUCUUUAACGAUGAAAUUGACAAUCAUAUGGCUAACCUUCCACAAGAUGAUCCACGCGACCUGAUCGAUAGAUAUCUCAUGGAAAUUAAAAAAGGGACUAAUGAAGAGGCAACUAAAGAAGAGAUAAAUUUCGACCGGGAAAAUUUAUUGGUCCUGUGUUUGGACCUAUUUCUCGCUGGUUCGAAGACAACGAGCGACACGUUGGCAUGGAUAAUUGCUUACAUAGCACUGAAUCCACAAUGGCAAAAGGAAUUACAGGAUGAAUUGAAUAAAGUCGUAGGUAGAGAUAGAUCACCAACAUUGGCAGAUAUGAAAAAUCUGCCAUUCAUAGAGGCUUUUAUUGCCGAGAUACAAAGAUAUUUAGAAUUAGCGCCGUUGGGAUUGCCGCACAGAGCCAUGAAAGAUAUAUCUUUAAAUGGAUAUUUAAUUCCCGAGGAUACCGUUAUUUUAUUAAAUUUUCGUACUGCUCAUAAUGAUAAAUCUUAUUGGAAGAAUCCAGAAGAAUUUGAUCCACAAAGGUUUUUAAACGAUCAAGGAAAAUUUCAACAAAAUAAUGCUUUUAUACCAUUUGGACUUGGUAAAAGACGAUGUCUUGGCGAGAAUUUAGCGCGCUCGACACUUUUUGUUUAUUUCACCAACAUUCUGCAUCACUUUGACUUUGAAAUUGAUGAAAAAUACGCUAAGCCCGAUAUCAACGGUUUCGAUGGAUUUGUCGUAUCGCCCAAGCCUUUUUAUCUCAAGCUAACAAAAAGAACACAAUAAAUAAAUAAAUAAUAAUGGAUUAGCUAUUUCAAAUAUUGAAAAGUAUUGACGCAGAAUACUUGGCUCAUAGAUUUG